AUGGCAACAAUGAUCAAUAUUCUCUCUUCUCUCUUUUGCUUUAUCUCUCUCAUAUCACUUCUCUUCUCUACAAGCCAAACCAUAUCCCAACGUGACCCCCACAUGAGAACCUUUUGCAGCCUAUUCUCGGACAACUUCACGCGAACCAGCACAUAUGCGGCAAACCGCGAAAGUGUACUGUCCUCUCUCCGCCUCCGUUCACCUCUUGGAACCUAUUCCAAUGCCACGAGCGGUAUCAGCCCCGACACAGUCCAUGGCAUGUAUCUCUGCAGAGGAGAUAUCACGAGAACAUCUUGUUCAGACUGUGUUCAAACCGCAGCCCUAGAAAUCGCUAAAAACUGCACUUAUCAAAAAGAAGGUUUCAUAUUCUAUGAAGGGUGUAUGGUUCGUUACUCGGAUUAUUCUUUCUUCACACUCCAAGAAGACAGACCUUUGAUCAUUAGGUACUAUUCUAGCUCUGCCUUUAACUCGGAUACGUUCCCACAAGCACUGUCCGAUAAAAUGGAUGACCUUAUCAUCAAAGCGUCUUCUUCUUCAUCGUACUUCGUGGAGGAUCAAGAACGUAUGGCACUACUAGGGGGUUCGUAUUAUUUAAAUUCAAUUGUGCAGUGUAGUCCUGAUCUUGAGUCAAGAAAUUGCACCGGGUGUCUGAAACUUGCGGCCAAAGAAAUCUUAGAUUGUUGUAACCAGUCUGUUCGGGCUCAGAUUUUUACUCCUAAAUGUCUAUUGAGGUAUGAAGUUACCGCUUUGGCAUCGCCGCCUCCACCGCCUUCUCCUUCAUUUCUACCCCCGUCUCCACCGUUUUUCUCGCGGCCGCCAUACGUGCCGAGUAUUAGCGGGUCUUUUUCGAUUAACGUUAUAAGACGGAACGGAGUAUUUGGGAAUUUGUUUACCGCGGUCAUGACAGCCAUGUGUGUUAGCAUUUUCGGGUGA